CUGGGUAACUAUAUAACUAAAGUGACUUCGAUUAUUUCGUUUCAGGAAUCACGCGAUUGGCGUGACGUAAUCGAUCAACAGCGGCAACCCGCCCCGGGCUACGCGCCUGACACGCGACGCAUCCGCGACGCGAGUGCUUCGCUAGGGAACCUACCUGCAAUCAUCAAUCGCAAGCUAGAAGAAACCCGAAAGCUCGAGAAAGAGCGACAGACCACGGAAUAUGGUUAUCGAUCGUUUGACAGCCGUAGGGAACCAAUACAUGGAGCAUCAUCACAUACAGAAGCAUACGAUAGAUCAGCUGAUUACGGUCGUUUCGAGAAGAGCUACACACCGGAUUACCGUACCCGGCACUACGACUCUUCAAGAUACGGGACAGCAGAAGCUCGUGGGACAGCUACAACUGCUGCAGAUUCGAGCUUUGCGUCGGAUUAUCGACGACGAGAACAACGCGAACUGAGCCCAAGUUCGGGUUACGGUAGACGUGAAAUGAGUGCAGCGUUCCGUGAGGAAAUCCACCGUGAACCGGUCACCAAUGAGCAAGUGGUGGCGGUCAGCGGAAAGCACCGCUGCGCACACUGUGCUGACGAAUUAGGUGAGUUUUUUGAAAAAUUUUCUUUUUAA